GCAUUAUCCGCUGAAAUGUUUAAUGAAAUUAAAAAAGCAGACCUUUAUACGGCGGGAGUGUGUCAAAGCACAAGCAGUCGGCUCCAAACCUCAAGCCUCCUUUGUAGAAGAAGAUCAUCUAACAUGCCGAAGCAAAUCCAUGAAAUCAAAGAUUUCCUCUUAACGGCAAGGAGGAAGGAUGCUCGUUCUGUGAAGAUCAAGAAGAGUAAGGAUGUUGUUAAGUUCAAGGUUCGAUGCUCCAGGUACUUGUAUACACUAUGUGUAUUUGACACUGAGAAGGCAGACAAGUUGAAGCAAUCUCUUCCUCCAGGUUUGAGUGUGCAAGAUCUGUGAACAAGGUGGAUAGAGUUUUCAAGUUUUUGAGGCUUAUUGAGUUGUCAAGAUAUUAUUCUACUUUAUGGCUAUUUUCUUUUUCAUGUUUAAAGGACAGGGUUUACCAGUUAUUUUAUGUUGUGUAUGGAUUUCUUUCUACAACUUUUGUCAACUAAAUUUGACAUCCAAUCCAUCUUGAAUUUAAUAUUGUCUAUUGUAAUAUGAUUAUGCUUAUUUGUUUUAGCAUUUUAUUGAA